AUGCAACUGGCUACGGGUAUUGCCCGUACUUUCCAGCUCCUGUUCAGCAUCGUCGCGCUCGGACUCUCUAUCACCCUUGGUAUACAACAAAUCAUCGGAGCCGUCCCUCCCCAAACGAAAUGGGCGGAGUCCGCAGGUACUCUCGGUGUGGUCGCCGCAUUGUUUGGGAUUAUUAUUUCAUUUCUUGAGAGUUGGCAGGAGUUUGUUCCUUGGCUUCUUGAUCUUCUUGCCGGCAUUGCUCUACUGGCUGCCGGAAUUUCUCAGGCGUACGCUGUCACAUUAGGAAACGUUGACUGUGAUAACACUGCUGCUCAUAACGGCCUUGCUUGGGACAAUGUGCUUAUUAGUGGAGGCUGCGAAUACAGGGACGAAAUCAAGCACUGCUAUAAUGGGGACCACGGUCAAUAUAUCCGUCCUCGCUGUGUCUGGGCCAAGGUCGACACACUUUUCAUGUUCUUGGGCUUCGCUGCCUGUGUUGGGGUAAUGAUUGUGACUCGGUCUAUCGCUGAGGCGUCUCGCAAUAUCAGUGCAUUGUUUGAAGUGUCUGGAUGGGGAAACAUCAUGGGAUCAUAA